UUGACUUAAAACUAUUAGAAAAACUUAAGUUAUGGAGGGAAAAGAUCAAUCAGUAAUAUGGGCAAUUUACAUAUCAAUAAUACUAGUUUUCUUUUUUGGAUUAUUUAGAUGGAUUUAUCAACGUCAAAAUAAAGAUAAAAAAAGUAUGAUAAUGAUAGGAAUUAUAGUAAUUAUUAUGGUACAUAUGAUAGGAACACUUAGUUUAUAUCCUAUUGAUAUAGGAAUUGUUUGGUUAAAGGAAAAAAAUAUAGAAAAAGAUUAUUUAAAAAAAAUAGUUUUUUUAGAAAGGAAAAGAUUUAAAUUAUGUUAUUAUAUAUUUUAUGGACUACAUAUAAUUGAAUUAUUUAUAAUAUUACCAUUUGUGUAUUAUUUUUAUGAAGAAUGGAAUGAAGAGUCAACAAUUAAAACAAGGAUAUUUGGGGCAUUAAGGCGUUCAUUAUUUUUUUUACUUUUAUUUAUAGCAUUAUUUUUUAGUGGAACUUUUAUGAGUAUUACAGAAAAAAAGAAUUCUAAACUAUAUUUAAAACAUUUUCAACAAACGUUUAAACCCGAAUAUAUAAAGAUGAGUACAUUUUUUAUUGUAGAUGUUGUUUUAUUAUUUGGGAUUAUUCUUUUUUGUAUAUAUACAGCAUUUGGCUUUUCAUUAUUUCCUUUACAAAUUAUAAAAACAAAUUCAAUAAAUGUUCCGGCAUCUGUAACAGAUAUAAAACAUGCUUUAAUUCUUAACCGUGAAAAACAACGAGCCAUUGAAGUUCGUUACACAGGAUUUUAUACUCAAAUGAAUCUAAAGGACCGUAGGGCAUUAGAGUCUCUCCAGAGGGAAGAAAGAACACUUGUACGUUGUAUUCGACUUGCAGAAGAAGGAAAGAGAAAAUGGGAACAACCUAUUUCAACCAUCUUACAUUUACUUCAAUUGCUUCUCGGAUUUUUUUUUUUAGUUAUAUCCAUAGGAAUAACUUUGUUAAUGUCAAUGACAAUAAUUUCUAAAUUGGAAAAUACAUACUUCAAAAUUCUUUACAAUUAUAUAAGCAAAAAAUGGCCUUUCUAUUGUAUGAGUACAUUAUCUCAAUAUCUUUUUAAGACUUUUCCUAUUAAUCUUAUUAUGAUUACUCUUUUUAUACUCUAUUUUUAUGUGACUACAAUUGUUGCAAUUUUUAAUACAAAGAUGACAAAAAAAUUCACGUUUUUCAAAUAUAAUAUACAUAAAAAGAUAAAAAAUAACACUUUACAUCAUGAUUUUCUAAUUUCUUUGGCUAUUUUAAUGUUAAUGGUGUUUUCAUUCAAUUAUACACUUAGUGAGAUCAUUAUUCCUAAAUAUUAUACUCAUCAAAAUAAUCAAUCUCAUUAUAAUUAUGCUAUUUUUAAUUCUCAAAAAAUUUAUAAUUAUAGAAAUCUUCUAAAAUCCAUUUUUUUAUCUUUCAAAGCACAAGAUCAUCCUUCAGAUAGAUUAUAUACAUUAACAGUCUUAAAUACAAUUAUCAAUGAUAUAACGAGCAAUUACGAGUUUUUUAAAACAUGGUAUUCAUAUUCUUAUUUAUUAUUUUUGGCAGUUUUUCUUCUUUCUUUUAUUAUUUUAAGUUUUUGUAGUAGGACUGAAAAUAUACAAAAUAAUACAGAAAUAGAACCGGAAAGAGAAGUUUUUUUUUUAUCUAUUUAAUCGUCAUGAAAACUUUAUA